CGACAGCGGCGAUGCCGCCGCCACCACCACCACCAGAUCCAAUGCAGCGGCAAGGAGGAGGGCUGGCACAAGAAGGAAUGCCACCACAGGCAGCUGUACAAAUCCCCGGCCAACAAAUGGUGGCAAUGACCCGGGAGGAGAUGCAAAGGAUAGCGGCGGCCGCGGCGGCGCAAGCGGUGCAGCAAGUUGCAAGUCAUACUUCUCAUGCCACCACUGCGCCAACCACGGUGGUCGGAAGCCAAGACGAUGAUGUGUCUACACGGCCUUGUCGAACUUCCCUGGCGAAAACCCCUGCUCGAUCGUAUGAGGAUGUGCUGAAGCGAUGCAGGAAGUAUAUCAACUUGGAGGAAAGGGAGAUGGAGUUCGCUAAGUUGGAAGGAGUGGCUCGACCAGAGCCAAAAAAGGAGAAGAGUCCGCAGAGAGGGAGAUCGCCGAGGAGGGAUUCGCCCAAGCGGGGUGGACAGAAGAGGGCAUCGCCUCGAAGGGAGAGUCGAGAUUCGAAACGGGAGAAGAGGGAUGAGUGGCAGAGGAGGCCGAUGUUGUUUGAGAGACAUAGAUAUCAAACUUUCACGCCCUUGAGGAAAGAUAUGACGGAGGUUCUCGAAGCCAUGGAACAUAAAAUGCCGAGUGAGGAUGUGACUUGGCCAAAGACGAGGUUUACAGGCCCAAUUCGACCCAGGUCGGAUAUUUACUGCCGCUUUCACAAAGAUUAUGGCCACACCACGGAGAAUUGCAGACAUCUGAAGGAUGAGAUCGAGAGGCUGAUUCGAGCAG